CCGUAAGAGUUGGGGCAAUAUGGGUAUCAAACUUAAUGAUUUUUGAUACUGGACAUAAAAAGUUGCAUUUGGCCAUUAUCUGAAAUUAAGCAGUUAAAAUAUGCUAAUGCUAAGCAGUUAAAAUAUAUUGCUUAUUAGGCAGGAAGUAAUAAAUAGACUACUGCAAUGCACAUUUUUUUGUGCCACUGUGAAAAUCUGUUUCUGGAAAUUUAGAAUAACUAUCUCGUAAUCAUUAAGAGCCCUGUAAAGGGUAGUUUUUAAUGUCUGCUGUUCAAAUUUCCUUUACUGCCGCCGAUUGCUUGCAACAGCCUUGCAAAAACAUUCCCGCAUCUUAGUAACUUUCGAGUGGUGAAGGAAAGUAAAUUGAUUUCACUUCGAUUUCUAUUUCAGCUCCACUUGCAAUUUCCGUCCCCUUAGUUCGAUAGGACGGUUAUUAUAAGGGGGGAAUUUGGACCGGACAUUCUAAUCGAAAAUUUCAACAAUCAUCUUGCAAAGUUCUUUGUCAUACUGGUCAUGUGUAACAUAACCACCUGCACCUUUUUUUGCAAGCGAUCACCCGGACAAAACUCCGUUGAUUCUCGUCGACCUGAUGCACAUCGACAAGCUCCAGCACGGACAGCCCAAGCAGAACCGCUACCGGAACGCUUGCGGUCCCAAUCUGGCCCAGCUGGCACGGAUCGAGUCGGUGCUGCAGUUUCUGCACCGCCAGCAGUGCCGGCUGGUGUUCUUUGUGGCCGGUCCCGACAACCGUGACCUGCAGCAGGACGAACAUCUGAACGAGUUCAGGACGUGCCCGAAAGACAUGCGCUACGAUCGGGACAUUGAGCUGAUCGAUGCGCUUUCUGCGCCGCAUGUGAACUACCGAGAGGCGGUGGACCGCUUUGGGCACAUCCCGACGGAUCGGAUUCUGUUCGAUUCGAUCGUCAAAGUGGCCAAGAGGUACGGCAGCAUCGUACACGCGUUGACCAACGUGCGCUCGCUGGAGAUGGCCCGAUACGUCGUUGAUCAUCCGGACACGCUGGCCGUGCUGGGCAAAUUCAGCACGAUUCUGUUGACCGCGGGUGUCCCACAGCUUAAGCUUUGGUACAUUCCGAAUCUGAACCUGAAAACGAUGACGGUGACCGAGCUGAACGCGCGCUCAGUUUGGGACCAGAUGAAUCUCGAGUCCAAAGAGAAGCGCUUGCUGAUGGUAGGUUUGCUCCCGAGAGCGUUCGUCGGUUACCACAAAACCAGCAACAAGGUGAGUGCCACUCACAAACUCGUCGCUGCACUUCCGCCGGAACUCGGCGAGGAUCAGUACAGAAGUAUUGUCGAAGAGCUGUUUGAACCAGAUAGGUCUGAUGUCACGUGGGAGGGCUUGAAACACUUUUGUGAGAUGUACGAUGUGAACCAAAUCACACCUUCGGAACAAACGGACGAACGCCUAACGAGCUUCGCGUACGACAUCACCCACAACCGGACGUCGAUCAUCACGGUCAUGCUGAACGACUACCGUUACUGGACGGAGCGCAGCGUGAACUUUUACCAGCUAUCUACCCGUUUCUACCGUCGACUGGCCGGAGUUGUGCUGAAGCGAAGCGGUGCUCCCACCGAAGAAGCAGUGCAGCGACGAAUUUUCAUCAAACGAUCGCACGAGGACGGGUUUGAGCACGUGCUGAUCGACGUUGAGUUUCCCGACUUUGAUUUUGAAGGCGGUGGCGAAGGCGAUUCUGUCACGGAGACAAACUUUGCCUGCUUGAAGUUUAUUCUGGAUUUCGAGGACAUGACGGCGAUUAGAGCGUUUGCCGAAGCGGACAUCAACCGCUGGAAGUUGCUGGACUACGUGACCGUUCGGUUCAUGAUCAAGGAGCAAAUGAUCUCCGAGGCAUUGGCCGCCACGAUCAUGACAGCGGUGGAGACCUCUUCCGGCGAGACGCCGAAACUCGCCACCAAGCUCAACCUGGACGCGUUCCACGCCACCUUCAUGUACGUCCGCUGGCGAUACUACGUCCGCGAGGCGCUCGUCAACGCUGGCUUUCCGGAUGCGUACGUUGACGACAUGUGCCGCCUGGACGGAUCGCGGCUGCAAAUGUUGGUUCAGCGGCGGCGACGAAGUCGCGGUGGUUUGGAUGCUCAGAAGAAUGCCCCUGCAGCAGUGGUUUAGCGAUCCCUUUACAAACUACGGUUUACUAAUAGGUGUUCAUUCACCUAUCGAACGCGAUCUUCAUAACAGCUGAAUAUUAAAUAAAAAGCAGACUCUUUGCUCCACCUCUACAA